AUGGCGUCCAAUCCUGCGCAUCCAAACCGUUACCAGACCUUCCCCACACCCAUCGAAGGCCCCCAAGUGCCAUACAAGCUCACGUCCGAAUCCAACCCGAUCCUGCGUGGCCGACUGCUGGAAAUAGCAGCAACCCUGGUCCAAUCCUCAGGUUUCGUCCAGUCGAUCCUCUGGCGCAAUGCUGGGUUCUCUUCGAUCCGUGAGAUCGAACAUCUGAAGGCCUACCAGCCGACAUUCGACCCUACCAUCCUCCCUCCGCUGACUGGCGAAGCAGCAGCAGCUACCGCAGAACCAUCUUCAUUACCAGCUCCGAUAAGGCGCCGUCAGGAUGGAAAGGGUGAUUACUAUACCUCUGCGGAUUACCGUGAGCUCUACGAGGCCGGCAGUCUCACCCCUACAAUGGUUGUCGAGGCGUUGCUGCCCAUGAUCCGUCGCGAUACUUCACCUCCCGGAGAGUUUUCACCUGGAUUCUGCCAGUCGAAGGUUGAUAUCAUUCGUGCCACUGCGGAGGCUUCUACGAAAAGAUGGAAGAAUGGGACCCCGCUGGGACCCAUGGAUGGCAUACCGGUUGCCGUCAAGGACGAGGUAGACCUUGAUGGGUAUAACAAGUUCAUGUCGAGCAAAAUCGACUUCACACCUAACCCCAACUUCACUUCCUGGUGCGUGAAGAAGUGGGAGGAAGCCGGCGCCAUUAUUAUUGGAAAGACUGUGAUGCAUGAGAUUGGGCUUGACACCACAAACAAUAAUCCCGUCGUUGGGACGCCGAGAAACCCGCAUAACUCGGAAUACUAUACCGGCGGAUCUUCAGGAGGCUCUGGCUAUGCCGUGGGUGCUGGCAUUGUUCCGAUCGCUCUUGGAGCCGAUGGAGGAGGUUCUAUCCGCAUCCCAUCUAACUACUGUGGAAUUUAUGGCCUCAAGACAAGUCACGGAAGAGUCUCGGCUGCACCAUCACAUAGAUUAGCCACGACGGUGGGAGUUCUCGGUCCCAUGGCAUCCAAUCUGGAUGACCUUGCUCUCGCCUACCGCAUCAUGGCUGCUCCAGACCCGAGUAAUUCUGCCUCAGCAGCGUUCCCUGACCCCUUGUUGAGUAUCCCAUCACCCUCUUCUACCCGCCCUAAAGUGAUCGGAGUAUACAAGGACUGGGUUGAGCGUUCCGACCCAGACGUGCUAGCCAUGUUCAACAAAGCAAUCGACUACUACCGUGAUGAAAUGUCAUACGAAGUCGUUGAUAUCACAAUCCCCUAUAUCCCCGAGGGCGGGAAAUCCCAUGCUCUAUCAAUCCUGGGCGAAAUUGCUAGUGGCCUGACCCAAGAACAGAUCUCCCAACUCUCUGCCCCGACUAGGCUUAUAGUCUCCGUUGGCGGAACCCAGGGCCUUGCGUCAGGUUUUAUGGCAGCCCAAAAGAUGCGUAAUCUGCUCAUGACCCAUCUGUCAUUCCUAUUCCAAAAAUACCCUGGUCUGAUCAUCGCAACUCCCACGACGCCUACUGCUGGCUCAAAGAUCCUGCAGGGUGAAGCUGAUCUUACCAAUGGCGUUAGCGAUUCUAACGCUACACUAAGAUCCAUGGAGUAUGUGUAUCUGGCUAACUUCACAGGAUGUCCUGCCAUCUCGUGUCCGAUGGCCUAUGCAGAUGAGAGCUCUGUACCCGUUGGGCUAAUGGGUAUGGGAGAAUGGGGUAGUGAAGAGGCCCUUAUGGAAUGGGGUCGUGAUGGCGAGGGAAUGUUGGAGAGCAAAGGGCUGAAAAUCCCUAACAAGGAGAAUGGUGGCAAGUGGAUCGAUUCCAUUAACCUGGCGCUCAAUACUGACAACAGUGCUUAA